CGUUAAUUUUACCGAGAUUUUAAUUAAUUUGAAUUAAUCAUUUUUACUCUUAACUAGGCAAUUUAUAGUGUAAAACUUAUUUACGUAUCUUGUAGAUUCUAUAUUUAAAAUUAUUUAAAUUUCUUUAUUGAGAUAAAUUUGCUCAGAAAAUUUAUAAGCGAAUUUAAUCGGCAAAUUUUAAGGAAAAAUAAUUCACUGACAGCAAAACAUGUGUUUGUGGAUUCAGCCAUUCAUAACGUACGGUCUUCUUGUACUGUUACUGGUACUUGUUAUUUUUGGAAUCUGUCUGUUAUUUAUGAUAAUUAAUCACUGUAUCUGCAGUAUGGGUAGUUAUACUGACCGGAACACAGCGAAUGUUAGACGACGCGCAGCUGGUCCAACACUGCCUCUAACAUAUUCUCAACCACAGCCACCUACAACAUAUUCUCAACCACAGCCACCUCCAACAUAUUCUCAAUCAGAGUUGAACACUGCACAAAUUAACAGAUGGGAUAGAUUAGAAGGCAGACUAAGCCUGAAUACUGUGAGAAGGACGCCUCUCAGUCAAAGAGCGAGGAGUGAGGGUGAAUUAGAUUUUGCUCCUGCAAGAAAUCCAGCGGCGGAACCUGCGCGAAAUUCUAUGCACUCACUUUUCAGUCCUACAAUUGGCAGAUAUCGAACAACUGGAGUGAGGAACGAGCAGCAGGAAACGGUCUCUGGAGAAAGAAACGAUCUUCGGGGCCUGCCUGGAUAUUUCCCACCUCCAUCCUACUAUGAUUCUAGUUACAUUAUCCCUUUACGCAACUAUCCGGAUGACGACAACUCGCACAUGAGACCUUCGAGUGAAAAUGAUCUAUGGCUGGUUUCAUGUGUGGAUUUGCAUGAACUGUUCACAACUCUGAUUGAUGAAUUCAUCCUCAAUGGUGAUUGCCAGGAGAAGACAAGAAUGAAUGCAGUUUCUGUUUGCAAACAUGUUGCUAUUGGCAGUUGGCUGAAACCAAAUCAGAUCUCAGAGGAUGGUACUUGUAAGAACAUCUUUGUGGAGAUGUUAAUGAACAAAGUACUUUUUAACAAAAAUGCCUCAGAGGAAAGUUUACUCUAUGCUAUAGAUAUUUUGAAAUGCACAUACGAAAAGAAGACAGGCGAACCCUGGAUUUGUUACGCAUUUAUAGAUUAUUUCAAUGAUCAGAUCAAAACUGACAUCCCAGGUGUUAACAGUUAUGCAGUAGACGCCUUAACAGUGUUACUCCAAUAUGCUUAUGAGGAUGAUAAGAUGAGCGAAAAAGGCAUGGAGGCCAUUGAAGUUCUUUAUGGAUUUGGUUUAGUCUUGCUCGAACCGUUGUUAACGAUUGGUCAGUUGCAAACGUCAUGGCAGCUGGCCCGUUCAGUCAUAUCACUCUACACUGCUCUGACUCCAGUGAAUUUUUCAGAUUAUUUUGAUGAGAUAUUUGUCCAGAUCUUCCAGUACACAGGCGUAUACUUCAGAGGAAGUUCUACAGACUGGUAUAAAUUUCAGAAAGAUGAACUAGCAGUGAAACUGGAAAUUUUAAAACUCUGGAAGCCCUUGUCUUUAAAACUUUGUUUCCAUGACCUCACAAAUUUGCAUUCAAUGUUCAAAAUGGCUGUUGAGUGUGCCGGCGGGCUGCCAUGCCAUGGUGGAGUUUUUGAUCAGAUGUACAAAGCAAUAACUGAACUGGUCCACGAGAUUUUCUUGAUGUCUUGGGAGAAGAUGAAAGUAGAUGAAGAGAUGUUCUUGAAAACAUUUGAAGUGCUACUGAAGGGAUUGGGAGUGGAUAAAUUUUGGAAAAAAUUGACCAGAAAUGUUGUCGUUAUUCAAGGUUUGGAAAUCGAAUACACAAUUGACACCUCACUGAACUAUGCCUACCAAAUGCUUGAUGAUAAUUAUUUCGAGCUGAUUAAAAAGUUUUCAACCUCCAUGCGAAUGAAUGCGUUUCUCUGUUGGGUGUCGAACUUGUACAACUUGCGAGAGAGUAUCUCCGAAACGGCAGCGCACGUAUUCAACGAUCACAUCAAUCAUCAUUGCAAGAUGCUAACAGAAGGAUCGCUGGCCGAACAGCAUUUAAUGUGGAACUUUAUAAGGAGCAUGCAUCUCGAUGCUGGCUCGGAAAGAAAUGAUAAAGUGAAACUUGACUGGGACAUGGAAGACCUGUACCUCAAGGCUCACGAUAUUAUUAAAAAGCCAAUGGAGCACCAUCCCGUCAUCGUGUGUGACGCCUUGGCCUUUAUAAAUUGGUUCAAGAAACAUUUUUCUGUCGAUCAGCUGAUUUCCUGUCUGGAUCCGUUGAUAGAUUUGUUAUCGCGUUGUAACUCUCUCCAUCGAUGCUUCCAUGACGGCAGCUCCAAGAUGCGAGGUCGUUGUCAUCAUCUGUCCGUCGUCACAGCCGCCGCAUUCGUUCUCAAGGAGGUUCUUGGUCAGAAGUAUGAAGGGAAUGAUGAACCCAUAAUUCCUCUGGAAUGUUUAAAAUCAAGAUUGGACACACUCUGUGACCAUGUCUGCCAAUCAUUAUCUAUACUGCCUGGAAACGCUAACAAUGACUACAUGUUAGGAGUUCUUGAGGUAACAUUUGCAAACUUGCAAUGCGAAGAAUUGCUGCAAAACACAAGGCUGACCACAUUCUUGGCUGGUCAGAUUGUUGAAAGCUUUGAUUCGGCAGAUUAUUCUAGAAAAUACAUACAGACGUUGUACGAAUGCAUUGGACAGCUAUGCAUCAUCAGUGUAAACGACUAUGAUCAGCCGCUUGUUGCUAAGUUUGAGGAGGUCUUCUUGCCUGCCUUCCAGAAAGUUCUGCUUCACAGAGAGCACAGAUAUCCAACAGUGUUAAUCACAGGCAUAUUACUGGAGAUUCUCAUUCCCCAUCACCUCAAAACAUCCAACAGCAACAACAGCUGCAAACCAGCCAUCCCUUCAAAAUAUGACGAACUUAUCACAUCCAUCUUAUCUUCAGCUCUCUGGUUGAAUAAUGAUUGUGUAUCUAGUUUAAUGUCGUUUGUCUUGGCGUUUUUCUUAAAGAACAAACAUCUUCUGCUGGGAGGUGAUAUAUCACAUGGCUAUCUGCAGGCCUUGGAAGCAAUUGCCGACAAAUUUCAAUGUACAAUUCUGAAUGCCUACCGCAGCGUACAGGUCUACAUGGUGCUGAAGGAGAUCACCAGACCACCUCUUCGAAAAUCUAUAGAGACGCUAGAAAAACUACUGCAGACAAUCAGCCUUAACAAGAAUCAGAAGUUAUUAUUAGGUGUUUCAGUCUAUGUGUUUUCAUUGGCGGUUGACCAUUCAGCUGAACAUGUUCUGGAGUGGUUUGCAGAGGAUGACUUCCGGUUGCCGACAUGCUGUUCUUGUUUUUGAAUGAAUAUUUUUAAAAAUUUAAGAUAAAUAAACAAAUAAUUAUUAUUAUUCGCCAUCUUUUGUAAAUGUAGAAGUUAGUUAUAGCAACUAAUUAUAUGUUAUUCUUUGAACCAGGAGAUUUGACGUUGAAAUCUUUGAAGGUUUCGUAAGAGCAGCAGUUGUUCAUGUCAACUCGGAUGAUGACCUAUCAAUCUGU